AUGGGCCCUCUGAGUGGAGAUUCUAGGUUUAAUAUGGAAGCUUGUGCAGUUAAAAAAAUGUGUCAGACAGCAAAUGCUGACCUUAAGGUUGGAGAUGCUACUGCUCAAUUAGAUGAAAUAAAUGCCAUGGGUUUAAUUGAGCACCGAGUUGACAAGGGCCAGGUGGCAGCAUUGAAUCGCCAGACACAAGGUGGACCCCAGACCCUGGUCGACUGCCCUGCGGGUCGGGGCAACUGGCACCCGAACAGGGACCCCUUGGGGGUCACAGAGGAGAGAGCGCCGCUCAUCAAUCUUCAGCAUUUAGUCAAGGAAGGAGAGCGUUCACUGAAGGAAAGCUCGCUGAGGGAGCUUGCUCCUCUCCCCUUACCUGUUGACCCCAUCCUGGGAGAGGAGUCGGCCUCUGGCAUUAAGUCGUCGCCUUCCCCCCCAUCGGUCAUUAUUGAUAUGGAGAGUGCCUUUGAUCCUAUCUCUGCUAGACCUUUCUCCGCUGAAAAGAUUAUGUCCAAUGCUCCACCCAAUACACCAGAAUGCCAACCUAAUAGACAACUUUAUCCUUCUCUUCAAGACUUAGUCCUUGAUUCACCCCCUGUCUCAGAUGCUUGUCGCCAGCUGACCAACGAUGUGACAUCCUUGAGACACAUGGUAGAGACUAGAAAAGAGCAGGUACAAUUGCUUAUAGCUCUUCGCGAUUUAGAGACAAAAUUGACAGAGCUGACACCCUUGCAGAGUCCCCAGCUUAAGGCUACAGGCCAGGGUAAAACUCCAAACAAGAAACAUAAAAUUUUAGCUUUUCCCCUCUCCCUGAGGAGUGGGACAAAAGUCCCUAGAGACCCCUCCACCCCAGGUACCCUGGAGGAGGAGGAGGAUCGAGAUACAGAUGGUGAUUCUGAGGAGGAGACAGAACUUCACCCCGACUCACAGGAGCCAGGAGAUACAGCUGCUGGCUCUGGGUCCCGCGCAGCUCGGGCUGCACCGGGUCCUCCACGCUAUCAUUAUCAGCCCCUAGAUUUUAAAAUAUUAGAAAAGCUCAAAACAGCGGUAUCAAAUUAUGGCCCUGUGGCCCCCUUUACACUGGCACUUUUAGAAUCCUCUACUGAAGGAUGGCUCACACCAAACGAGUUUUCGCAGCUUGCCCGAGCCGGGCUUUCAGGCGGCGACUUUGUGCUUUGGAAAUCUGAAAUGGCUGAAGCCACAAAAGAAAUUGAAACAAAAAAUCGUGUACGUCCUGAUACCAGGUCAUGGACAGCAAAAAAGAUUCUUGGUGAGCCACCCUUUAAUACUUUAGAGUCUCAAAUGCAAUUUUCUCCUGGUCUUUUGGCUCAAAUUCGUCAGGCAUGCCUGGCAGCCUGGAAAAGGUUGCCUCCCAAGUCUGGUUUCUCCUCCACGCUCACUAAGGUACUCCAGGGAGCUGACGAACCAUACAGUUCUUUUGUCAGCCGUUUGACCGAGACAGCAGAGCGCUUGUUUGGUGUUCAAGAGCCUGAAAAUCCCUUUAUUAAACAGCUAGCAUUUGAAAAUGCUAAUUCCACUUGCCAGGAUAUUCUCAAACACCACCGGUCAAAGCCUUUGGCAGAGUAUGUUCGCCUCUGCGCAGGGGCAGGAACAAGCCAUGCUAUCGGUUUAGCUAUUGGAGCUGCUCUUCAAAAUGCAGGCUUUAAUUCUCAAAAAACCUGCUUUAACUGCAAACAAGUUGGUCAUUUCAUGCAAGAAUGCCCCCACCCUCGUCAAAAUAAAAGACCCCCAGCUGAGGGACAAGGGAAUGCUUCCCCAAUGAGGGCUCUACCUACUACAUUGUGCCCCCGCUGCUCUAGAGGUCGACAUUGGGCUAACGAAUGCCGAUCCAAAACUGACAGCCAAGGCCGCCCUCUGCCUCCACGGCAGUCGGGAAACUUCCCACGGGGGCAGCCUCCGGCCCCCUCCUUCAGGACAGGCCCCGGGGCAAUAGGGUUUGUCCCUCAGCAAGCCAGCCACACCUCACCCAAUCAAUCCCACCCCUCACCCAAUCAAUUGCCCAUCUCUGGCGAGCCACAAAGAACAGCUCAGGACUGGACCUCUGUGCCUCCGCCAGUACAAUACUAA